ACUCUCACAGAAAUGAGAGCAACCACCCUCGUGAUCUUGUGCUGUGCGGUGGCGUACGCCGCAGCCCAACAAGGCGCAGAAGAUGUCGCUCUUGCGGCUAUGUGGAACUUGGAGAGCCAAAUGAGUGAAACCGCAUUUGACAAACAGGAUUCUGUUUCCGUCGAAAAUGGAACAACUUACGAAAGAGAAACGACUCGAAAGAAGUUCCACAGACAAGUUGCUAAACCAAAUAUCUCCGGCGAAGACAAGAUAGUGAGAACAUUCGUCAUCGAGACCGACGCUGACGGUCAAGAGACCAUUUACGAAGAGGAUGUGGUCAUUCACAAGGUGCCAGGUGGCGGAAGCACAUCUACCACCACUGGACGCCGCGCCAUAUCAGGUUUCGGUGGCUCUUCAGCUAGCGCCAGCGGCGCAGCCAGCGCGAGUGUUGGCUCUGGCCCGCAAUAUGGUUCAGGAUCCUCAUCAGCUAAUGUAGCAGCAUUAGCUCAAUCAGGACCACAAGGACCAAGUGGGCCAGGAUCUUCAGCGAAUGCUGUCGCCUCUGCUCAAUCAGGACCACAAGGACCAGCCCGAUCACUACAAGGCCCACAGGGACCAUCAGGCCCACAAGGACCAUCAGGUCCACAAGGACCACAAGGCCCAUCAGGUCCACAAGGACCAAAUGGGCCAGCCGGACCGCAAGGACCAGGAGCUGCUGCUAAUGCUGGUGCGACCAAAUGGUCCAUAUGGACCGACCAGGAGCUGCUGCAAACGCUGCUGCCUCUGCUCAAUCAGGACCUAACGGACCAUACGGGCCACAAGGACCAGGAGCUGCUGCUAAUGCUGGCGCCUCUGCUCAAUCAGGACCAUACGGACCACAAGGACCAGGAGCUUCUGCUAACGCUGGUGCCUCUGCCCAAUCAGGACCAUACGGACCACAAGGACCAGGAGCUGCUGCUAACGCUGGUGCCUCUGCUCAAUCAGGACCAUACGGCCCACAAGGACCAGGAGCCGCUGCUAACGCUGGUGCCUCUGCUCAAUCAGGACCAAAUGGACCAUACGGACCACAAGGACCAGGAGCCGCUGCUAACGCUGGUGCCUCUGCUCAAUCAGGACCAAACGGACCAUACGGACCACAAGGACCAGGAGCUGCUGCUAACGCUGGUGCCUCUGCUCAAUCAGGACCAAACGGACCAUACGGACCACAAGGACCAGGAGCUGCUGCUAACGCUGGUGCCUCUGCUCAAUCAGGACCAAACGGACCAUACGGACCACAAGGACCAGGAGCUGCUGCUAACGCUGGUGCCUCUGCUCAAUCAGGACCAUACGGCCCACAAGGACCAGGAGCCGCUGCUAACGCUGGUGCCUCUGCUCAAUCAGGACCAAAUGGUCCAUAUGGACCGCAAGGACCAGGAGCUGCUGCUAACGCUGGUGCCUCUGCUCAAUCAGGACCAUACGGACCACAAGGCCCAGGAGCUGCUGCUAACGCUGGUGCCUCUGCCCAAUCAGGACCAUACGGACCACAAGGACCAGGAGCUGCUGCUAACGCUGGUGCCUCUGCUCAAUCAGGACCAUACGGACCACAAGGACCAGGAGCCGCUGCUAACGCUGGUGCCUCUGCUCAAUCAGGACCAAACGGACCAUACGGACCACAAGGACCAGGAGCUGCUGCUAACGCUGGUGCCUCUGCUCAAUCAGGACCAAACGGUCCAUAUGGACCACAAGGACCAGGAGCUGCUGCUAACGCUGCUGCCUCUGCUCAAUCAGGACCAAACGGACCAUACGGACCACAAGGACCAGGAGCUGCUGCAAACGCUGCUGCCUCUGCUCAAUCAGGACCUAACGGACCAUACGGGACCAAACGGACCAUAUGGACCAUACGGGCUACAAGGCCCAGGAACUUCAGCUGGUGCUUCUGCUACUGCUACUGUUUCAUCUGGUCCAGAAGAGAUCAUUAUUAUUGAGGAGCAACCAGAAAUAACUGACCAAACGGACCACAAGGACCACAAGGACCUGGAGCUGCUGCUAACGCUGGUGCCUCUGCUCAAUCAGGACCAAACGGACCACAAGGACCAGGAGUUGCUGCUAAUGCUGGCGCAUCUGCUCAAUCAGGGCCAAACGGACCAUACGGCCCACAAGGACCUGGAGCUGCUGCUAACGCUGGUGCCUCUGCUCAAUCAGGACCGAACGGACCAUACGGACCACAAGGACCAGGAGCUGCUGCUAAUGCUGGCGCCUCUGCUCAAUCCGGACCAUACGGACCACAAGGAGCAGGAGCUGCUGCUAACGCUGCUGCCUCUGCUCAAUCAGGACCAAACGGACCAUACGGACCACAAGGACCAGGAGCUGCUGCUAACGCUGGUGCCUCUGCUCAAUCAGGACCAAACGGUCUAUAUGGACCACAAGGACCAGGAGCCGCUGCUAACGCUGGUGCCUCUGCUCAAUCAGGACCAAACGGUCCAUAUGGACCACAAGGACCAGGAGCUGCUGCAAACGCUGCUGCUUCUGCUCAAUCAGGACCAAACGGACCAUACGGACCACAAGGACCAGGAGCUGCUGCUAAUGCUGGCGCCUCUGCUCAAUCAGGACCAUACGGACCACAAGGACCAGGAGCUGCUGCUAACGCUGGUGCCUCUGCUCAAUCAGGACCAAACGGUCCAUAUGGACCACAAGGACCAGGAGCUGCUGCAAACGCUGCUGCUUCUGCUCAAUCAGGACCAAACGGACCAUACGGACCACAAGGAACAGGAGCUGCUGCUAAUGCUGGCGCCUCUGCUCAAUCAGGACCAUACGGACCACAAGGACCAGGAGCUGCUGCUAACGUUGCUGCCUCUGCUCAAUCUGGACUAUACGGACCACAAGGACCAGGAGCCGCUGCUAACGCUGGUGCCUCUGCUCAAUCAGGACCAAACGGUCCAUAUGGACCACGAGGACCAGGAGCUGCUGCUAACGCUGGUGCCUCUGCUCAAUCAGGACCAAACGGACCAUACGGACCACAAGGACCUGGAGCCGCUGCUAACGCUGGUGCCUCUGCUCAAUCAGGAUCAAACGGACCAAACGGACCAUACGGACCACAAGGACCAGGAGCUGCUGCUAAUGCUGGCGCCUCUGCUCAAUCAGGGCCAAACGGACCAUACGGCCCACAAGGACCUGGAGCUGCUGCUAACGCUGGUGCCUCUGCUCAAUCAGGACCAAACGGAUCAUACGGACCACAAGGACCAGGAGCUGCUGCUAAUGCUGGCGCCUCUGCUCAAUCAGGACCAAACGGACCAUACGGCCCACAAGGACCAGGAGCUGCUGCUAACGCUGCUGCCUCUGCUCAAUCAGGACCAAACGGACCAUACGGACCACAAGGACCAGGAGCUGCUGCUAACGCUGCUGCCUCUGCUCAAUCAGGGCCAAACGGACCAUACGGCCCACAAGGACCUGGAGCCGCUGCUAACGCUGGUGCCUCUGCUCAAUCAGGACCAAACGGACCAUACGGACCACAAGGACCAGGAGCUGCUGCUAAUGCUGGCGCAUCUGCUCAAUCAGGACCAAACGGACCAUACGGCCCACAAGGACCUGGAGCUGCUGCUAACGCUGCUGCCUCUGCUCAAUCAGGACCAUACGGACCACAAGGACCAGGAGCUGCUGCUAACGCUGGUGCCUCUGCUCAAUCAGGACCAAACGGACCAUACGGACCACAAGGAUCAGGAGCUGCUGCUAAUGCUGCCGCCUCUGCUCAAUCAGGACCGAACGGACCAUACGGACCACAAGGACCAGGAGCUGCUGCUAAUGCUGGCGCCUCUGCUCAAUCAGGACCAUACGGACCACAAGGACCAGGAGCUGCUGCUAAUGCUGGCGCCUCUGCUCAAUCAGGACCAAACGGACCAUACGGACCACAAGGACCAGGAGCCGCUGCUAACGCUGGUGCCUCUGCUCAAUCAGGACCAUACGGCCCACAAGGACCAGGAGCUGCUGCUAACGCUGGUGCCUCUGCACAAUCAGGACCAAACGGACCAUACGGACCACAAGGACCAGGAGCUGCUGCUAACGCUGGUGCCUCUGCUCAAUCAGGACCAAACGGACCAUACGGACCACAAGGACCAGGAGCUGCUGCUAACGCUGGUGCCUCUGCUCAAUCAGGACCAAACGGACCAUACGGACCACAAGGACCAGGAGCUGCUGCUAACGCUGGUGCUUCUGCACAAUCAGGACCAAACGGACCAUACGGACCACAAGGACCAGGAGCUGCUGCUAACGCUGGUGCCUCUGUUCAAUCAGGACCAUACGGCCCACAAGGACCAGGAGCUGCUGCUAAUGCUGGCGCCUCUGCUCAAUCAGGACCAAACGGACCAUACGGACCACAAGGACCAGGAGCCGCUGCUAACGCUGGUGCCUCUGCUCAAUCAGGACCAAACGGUCCAUAUGGACCACAAGGACCAGGAGCUGCCGCUAACGCUGGUGCCUCUGCUCAAUCAGGACCAAACGGACCAUAUGGACCAUACGGGCUACAAGGCCCAGGAUCUUCAGCUGGUGCUUCCGCUACUGCUACUGUUUCAUCUGGUCCAGAAGAGAUCAUUAUUAUUGAGGAGCAACCAGAAAUAACUGUAACUGCCAACGCUAACGCAAACGCUGGUCAACAAGGACCAUACGGACCAUACGGACUACAAGGACAAGGAGCUGCUGCUAACGCUGGUUCCUCUGCUCAAUCAGGAUCAAACGGACCAUACGGACCAU